AUGGAACAGCAACUUAGAACCCGCAACUUCCAGCCAGUUGCUGUGAUUGGCUGUGAGCACAGUCAGGCUGCAGCCUUUUCCUUUGUGGUCCUUUCUUAGGUCAAGGGCAAAAGCUGCCUGGCAGCAGGCUUGAUGCAGCACCAAGUGGCCAUCGUCACCGGCAGGGGUACGGGCAUCGGAAAGGCCAUCGCGACCGAGCUCCUGCAUCUAGGGUGUAAUGUGAUUAUUGCAUCCCGUGAGUCUGAUAGAUUAAAAUCUGCCGCAGAUGAACUGAAGGCCAGUCUGCCUCCUACCAGCCAGGCUCAAAUCAUGCCCAUAAAAUGCAACAUCUGUAAUGAAGAGGAGGUGAAUAAUUUGGUCAAAGCCACCUUAGAUUCUUAUGGUCAGAUCAGUUUCUUGGUAAACAAUGGAGGAGGCCAGUUCUUCUCUCCUUCUGAACACAUCAGUUCAAAGGGGUGGAAUGCUGUGAUUGAAACCAACCUGACGGGCGCCUUCUACAUGUGCAAAGCAGGCAAGUGUGACCAGUCAUCCAAGAAGUCCAACACUCAAGUCAACAGUCUCUUACCAACCUGAGGUUCCUUGCCAAUAGCCAUUAAUUAGAAGCAUAGUGGAGCUGCCAGAGAAGGUGUUUACAACCUCACCAAAUCCUUAGCUGUGGAACGGGCCAGCAGUGGAAUAAGGAUCGAUUGUGUUGCCCCUGGAAUCAUUUAUUCCCAGACUGCUUUUAACAACUAUGGUCAUUUGGCAAAAGACUUAUUUGAAGGGUACUUUCAGAAAAUCCCAGCUAAACGUAUGCAUAUGUGUGCUUCUGUCUCCACCUUGGUAUGCUUCCUGCUGUCUCCUGCAGCUUCCUUUAUCACCGGACAUUUGGUGGACGUGGAUGGGGGCCAGUCUCUGUACACACACUCAUUUGAGAUACCAGAUCAUGACAACUGGCCCGAGGGAGUAGGGGACCUUUCUUUUGUCAAAAGGAUGAAAGAGUCUUCUAAGCAAAGAGGCAAGCUCUAG